AUGUAUACGAGUCGGAGACAACUUAGCUGCAGUGUGCGGGCACUCUUGAACCAUGGGAAGCCCCAAAACCCUGCGUACAACAUCGAGUUGCAAAUGAAGAUAGAACCCAUUACCAGAACUGGGGAGACCAUUGAAAUCAAAAGAGCCAGAUUAGUUUACCAAAGUAGAAAGAGAGGGAUUUUGGAAUCUGAUUUGUUAUUAAGUCGUUUUGCUAAGAAGUAUUUGAAUGUACUUUCUGAAGCUGAAUUAGAUGAAUAUGACAAGUUGUUGGAUGAGCCUGAUUGGGACAUUUACUAUUGGGCCACUAAGAACUAUGAUGUCACCCCAUUGCCUGACAAGUGGAAGAACUCCAAGAUCUUGGAGAUGAUCCAAGAAGAAGCCCAGAAUAAGGAUCGUGAAAUCAUGAGAAUGCCUGAAUUGUAA